AGCAGAGGCAGCAGUGUCUCAGUCUGCUAGUGGUGAGUGAAAGACAGAGACAGAGCAGAUUGUCCUUGAAACGAUGAGUGGUAUCGGGUUUGAUCCUUACUACACCUCCUCAUACAAGAGAUGGUAUGUGGAGAGUGCACCCCCACGUGUGGCAACGCGGACCCGUUCCCGCACAGUGUAUUCGAGCCACGCAUCUCCACUAUCCUCAGGUCGGUUGCAAUACAGCUCUCCUGGGCGAGUCUCAUCCUCCUCCUCCUUUCUGCUGAGCAGCGCUGCCCACCCUCUGGAGCUGGACCUGAGCCAGGCAGUGCAGGUUAGCUCUGAGCUCCGAGCAGUACGCACUCAGGAGAAGGCCCAGCUACAGGAGCUCAAUGACCGCUUCGCUGGCUUCAUUGAACGUGUCCAUGAGCUCGAGCAGCAGAACCGAGCUCUAGAGGCUGAGCUGCUUCUGCUAAGGCAGAGGCACAAUGAGCCAUCAUGCCUGCGUGCUCUGUAUGAGCAAGAAGCCCGUGCUCUUCGAGCUGCUGUGGAUGAGGCAGAACUAGAGAAGCAGGCUGCUCUGAACCGAAGGGAGCACUUGGAAGAAACAUUUAGGGCCCUGCAGAGGCAGUAUGAUGAAGAGGCUUUAGAGCGUGAAAACUCUGAGGCCAGGCUCAUGGAUGCACGUAAAGAAGCUGAUGAGCGAGCUCUUACCCAGGUGGAGCUGGAGAAGAGGGUCGGUGUCCUUCUGGAUGAGCUGGCCUUCCUCAAGAAGCUCCAUGAGGGAGAGAUCUCUGAGCUGCAAGGGCAGAUCCAAUAUGGUGCGCAGAUUGCUGUGGAAACUGAGACGACCAAACCAGACCUGUCUAGUGCCCUGCGUGACAUCCGGGCACAAUAUGAGAGGCUGGCUGCACGCAAUAUGCAGGCUGCAGAAGAUUGGUUCCGUGGGAAAGUGGGACAUUUGACGGAGACUGUGGCCCACCACACCAGUGCCGUGAGGACAUCCAAGGAUGAAGCAGGCGAGUACCGACGACAACUUCAGGCACGAAUCCUGGAAAUAGAUGCCUGCAAGAGUCUCAAUGAAUCACUGGAAAAACAGCUGAGGGAAGUGGAGGACAAGCAGAGUGCGGAAAUAACAGCCAUGCAGGACACAAUCAAUGAGCUUGACAAUGAACUUAGGGCCACUAAAGGUGAAAUGGCCAGGUAUCUUAAAGAGUACCAGGAUCUCCUGAAUGUCAAGAUGGCCCUUGAUAUUGAAAUAGCUGCAUACAGGAAGCUCUUGGAAGGUGAGGAAUCCCGUCUCAGUGCUGGCAUGGCAGGAGGACUGGCCAGUUCCUACACGAUGGCUCCUUCCUAUUCGCGUUCUGUCUUUUCUGUACAGUCCAGUGUGACCUCUGCCGCCCCCUAUCUGCUCAGCUCUCGUCUGUUGAGCUCCACCCUAUCUGCAGAACCAUCUAGGGAGGAAGAGGAAGAGGAGGAGGAAGAAGAAAAAGAAGAGGAGGAGGAGGAGGAGAAGGAAGCAGAAGUAGAAGCAGAGGAAAAAGAAGAAGAACAAGAAGAAGAAGAAGAAAAAGGUGAAGAAGAGGAAGAAGAGGGUGAAGAGAAAGAUGAGGAGAAAAAAGAGGAGGAAGAAGAGGAAGCUGCAGAGGAGGAAGAAAAGGAAGGAGGUGAAGAGGAAGUUAAAGAUGGUGAGGAACAAGAAGGAGAAGAAGAUGCUGAACAGGUGGAAGAAGAGGUUGGUGAUAAAGAUGGAGAGGAGGAAGAGGCUGAGCAAGUUGAAGAAAAAGGGGAUGAUAAGGAUGACGCUGAGGCAGACUCAGGAAAAGAUAAGGAGGGAAGUAAGGCAGCUGAGCCAGUUAAGGAGGAAGCUAAAACGAAGCCUGAACCAGCUAAAGAAAAGGUUAAAGAGGAGCCAGAGAAAGCCAAACCCAAAGAAGCAGAAAAACCAAAAGCUAAAGAUGAAGGUGGCGAGACUAAAGCUGAGGGCAAGCAGGAGGAAAAGGAAAAGCAGAAAGACGAAGGAGAAAAACCCAAAGCAAAGAAGUAAAAUAAAUCUCAGGCAGUACAAAAACCUGCACGUAGUUACCCUCAGUUCUCUGGCGACGGCGCUGAAUCCUAAUUGCAAUGCAAUGAUAACUUGCACAUAGAAUCGGCUAUUACUGCUUCGAAAGCAUUACUGCACUAUAUGUAUGAAUGAAAGAGUAAUAAAUGUGAAAAAGUGAAAUAUUGCUGCAAUAAAUCCAUGCCUCUGGUGUCA